AUGCUGGGGAAAACCGGAGAAGGGAAGAGUGCCACAGGAAACACCAUAGUGGGAAAUGAAGUGUUCCAGUCGGUGGCGUGUCCGUCUUCCUGGACAGUCGAUUGUAAGAAGGCUGAUGCAGAGGUCUUAGGCCGAAAGGUUACAGUAGUUGACACGCCGGGGCUGUUUGACACCAAUUUCCAGGAGAAGAAAGUUUUGGAGAAAAUUGAAACAUGCAUCUCUUUGAGUGCUCCGGGUCCUCAUGUCUUUCUGGUGGUUAAGAAGCUUGGAAGAUUCACCAAGGAGGAGGAAGAAACCAUGAAGAUUAUUCUGAAGAUGUUUGGUUCUGAGGCUGCCCGAUAUUCAUUGCUGUUGUUCACACAUGGAGACAAACUGAAGAAACAAACUAUUGAGGAGUUUAUUUCAAAGAGUUCAGCCCUCGAAGAGUUUGUCAUGGCUUUUUCCGGUAGAUAUCAUGUCUUCAACAACGAAGUGGCAAGUGAGGAACAAGUCCGCCAGCUGCUGGAGAAAAUUGAUCAGAUGGUUCAGGAGAACCAUGGCAAACACUACACCAAAUGGAUGUUUAGGAGAGCAAAACAGGCCUCAAAGAGGAGCGAACGAAGAGCUUUGGAGAUGCAGAAGAAAAAUGAGAUGGAGAGGAAGAACACGUUGAAGAUGGAGGUGGAUCAGGAGAUGAUGGCAUCGGGUCGAAAGAAGAAACCCAACAAGUGUCGUGUGCAGUGA